AUGUCUCGAACCUCCACUGUGGCGAGCCUGUGCCGCAGGGCGGCCACCGCGCUGGCCCAGCGCACUGCCGCGCCACUGCCGGCGGCUGCUGUGCAGGCCCCGCGCACCAUCGUCACCGCCACCGCCGCCACCGCGGCAGCCGCCAGCGGCACGAUGAUGAGGGUCAUGGGGGUGGACGUGCCGUACAGCUACGUCAUUGGCACAGCCCUGGCCAUUGGCUUUGGUGCCUACACUUACGAGACGUUUGUGCUCGCCAAGGAGGGAGGAAAGCCCAUCCAGGCGGAGAUCACUCGCCACCCAGACAUCACCUCCCUCAGGAUGACCGAUCACAACGGGCGCCCCUUCACGGCGCAGCAGCUGCUGGGGCGGUGGGCCCUCAUCGACUUUGGUUCGCUGCAGCAGGCCACCGACGUCAAGAGCAUCAACUCCAUCUGCAGGGCCGCGGAGGCUGCCCGGCAGCGCUGCGGCGUGGCUGUCACCCCUGUGUACCUCAGCCUCAGCCCCGCCACCGACAAGCCAGAUGACCUCAAGCGCGUGGUGGCAGCGGCGGGGCACCCAGCCCUGGUGGCGCUGACUGGGGACGCAGAUGGGGUGCUGGAGUGCGCCCACAAGUUCAAGAGCCAGGAGAAGGCGGCGGUGCUUUCUUCCACCAAGGGCGACGAGCAGUACAAGCGUGGCGACGCCGCGAUGGAUGAGGCCUAUGUUAGCUCCUUUGUGUACCUGGUGGCCCCCAACGGCGAGUUCUCCAAGCUGUGGCCCAAGGAGGUGCCGCUGGCGCUGCUGUCGGACGCCGUGUGCAGGGCGGUCAAGGACUGA